AUGCAGGCAAGUGCUAAAAUCAUAACAAAACCAACAGAGCUGAGCAAUGAGGCACUACAUUGGGGCCAGCAAUGCGCCACUCUAUUGUGGUUCCGUUAUACGCCCAAUGCACACCCUCACAGAAGUCAAGUGGAUGAUCCACCGUCGCUGCCCGUCGGCACGGAAGUUAGCGCCAAAUAUAAGGGCGCCUUUUGUGAGGCGAAGGUCAGCAAAGUGGUGCGGAACAUCAAAGUGAAGGUGGCCUACAAACAGGGUCUGGGUUCGGGUAUUGUCUCGGACGAUGCAAUAAAAGCGCCCACGGGCCAGUUGCGGGUGGGAGCUGUUGUCGAGGUGCGACAUCCGGAUCGCAAGGAAACUGUGGAGGCGACCAUAACGAAAAUCCAGGACUGCUCGCAGUACACAGUUGUCUUCGACGAUGGCGACAUCACAACACUGAGGCGAACCGCGUUGUGCCUCAAGAGCGGGAGACAUUUUAACGAAAGCGAAACGCUAGAUCAACUGCCGCUUACACAUCCCGAACACUUUGGGAAUCCAGUGGUGGGCGGACGACGCGGUCGCAGGCGUGGACAGCUGAACGAAGACAGCUCAGAGGAUGAUGAUGAGAGCGAUGCCAAGGAGGUGGUCAACGAGAAGGAGGAGAACAUUGGCAAGGUCGUCUGCGUGGAGACCGAAUCAAAGAAGAAGGACAAGGAAAAGUGGUUUCCAGCGCUAGUUGUCGCGCCAACAGCACAGGCGACAGUACGAAUACGCGUUAAGGACGAAUAUUUGGUGAGAUCCUUCAAGGAUGGACGUUAUUAUACGGUGCCGAAAAAAGAGGCCACCGAAUUUACGCGCGAGGUGGCCAGCAAGCAAGAUGGGCCUGCUGUGCAGGCAGCCCUCGAGUUUCUGGACAGCAGCGCAUUGCCACCUCACUGGGAUCGGGACUCUCUCUUCGGCCUCAGCAAUUUAUCGAGCGACGACGAGGGCGAAAUAGAUUCCGAUUCGUCAGAUGACGAGCCGCACGAGGAAAAGGAUCGCUUUGUCGCCCAACUCUACAAAUAUAUGGACGAUCGUGGAACGCCACUUAACAAGGUGCCCUCCAUACAGAGUCGAGACGUGGAUCUCUAUCGUCUGUUUCGGACGGUGCAGAAACGUGGCGGUUACAAUCGCGUGACCACACAAAAUCAAUGGAAAGUCAUUGCCGUGCGUCUCGGCUUCACUCCCUGCACGGUCAGCGUCAUGAAUCUUGUGAAGCAGGCGUACAAGAAAUUCCUACAGCCCUACGGCGAUUUUCAUCGCAAGCUCGGCUGCUCCAUGCUGAGCAUGACUUCGCGCAACUCAAAUCGCAGCAAAGGACGCAGUCUGGUGCGUGCCAACUCGGUGGCAUCACCCAAGCCGGCCGAGAGCACCAAAAGCGAGAACAUGACCAAGUUGGCGGUAACGAAUCAAGCAGCGGCCGCCAUAGCCGCCUCAACAGCUGCCAGCAGCAGUGCGAGCAGCUCGGCGACAGCAGCAGCUGCCGCCACAAGCACGGCAGCAAGCGCCAGUCUGGCAUCAGCCAAUACGGCAUCAACGGCUUCACAAUCGGCUGCUGAGGAGUCGGAGAAUACGAGCGAAUCGAGUGUUGUGGAGCCGACCAAGAAACAGCGCAAAGCCUCUGCGGCUAGCAGCGGCAAAGUUAAGAGUCUGGUGGAGAAGUAUGAGGAGAAAUCGUCGACAGCCGCCACUGCAUCGGCAGCUGCAGCGGCAGCAAGUGCAUCAGCAGCAGCAGCAGCAGCUGCAAUACAAGCAGCAGCAGCAGCAACAGCAGCGGCGGCAGCAACAGCUGCAGCUGCAGCAGCCUCCAAAGAUGCUGAGGCAGAUGUGCCUUUGGCCAAAAUCAAGGCAGCAGCGACUGCUCGCAACAGCAUAGACAAGGAGCCGAGCAAUAAUGCCAGCAGCAGCACCACCACCACCACCAGCAGCAACAGCAGCGCUGCAAGCGCAGGUGCCAGCAGCAGCAACAGCAGCAGCAACAACAAUAACAGUAACAACAACAACACAACUACUGUCAGCUCCAGUGGCAAGUCAGCCAGCACCACAGAGUCCCAACGGAGCCGCGACACUUCCCCAAAUGCCGCGCCACCCUCAACAAAAAAGGAAAAGCAUCAGAGGAAACAAAUCGAGAAGGGCGAGGAAAAGCGCGGCAAGCGCAAAAAGGACGAGGUUACCGUUGAGAAAAUCGACACGGGAGACUUUGUGGUGGGCAUCGGCGACAAAUUGAAAGUCAACUAUCACGAGAAGAAAUCACCAAGCUCCCAUGGCAGCACCUACGAGGCGAAGGUCAUUGAGAUUAGCAUGCAACGCGGUGUUCCCAUGUACUUGGUGCACUACACCGGCUGGAAUAAUCGCUAUGAUGAGUGGGUGCCGCGGGAGCGCAUCGCCGAGAACCUAACCAAAGGAUCCAAACAGAAGACUCGCACGACCAGCACAAGCAGCGCCGGUAACAGCGGCACAGCCGGUUCCAACAAUCAGCAGACACCCAACAGUGGCACAGCGGCUGUAGGCAUCGGCGCUGCCUCAGCAUCAGGAGGUGGCAGCAAUGCAGGAACUAGUGGCGACAAGCAGCCGCCCGGUAAAGAUGCAGCUGCCAAGGCUCUAGGUGCAUCAGGGCACGGAACUGGUAGCGGCAUCAGCUCCUCGGCCAGUGCUUCUAAUUUGGUGUCAGUUUUGCAAGGCACAACCAAAACACCCACAACAGGCGCUAAACGGGGACGCGGACGCAGUGACUCUAUGCCGCCACGCUCGACAACGCCCUCUUCUGUGGCCUCCAAUUCGAGUCGCACCAAAUCCCCAGCAGCAUCGCAACUAAAGAAGCGACCGACACGCAUAGCGCAUAUUAAUACAGCGCGUCGCACCUCGGCGAAUAUCUCAGAUGCCUCAAUGGCCAGCGAAUCGGACACGGACUCUGAUGAACCAGUGCGUCGUCCCAAACGACAGAACGCCAAAGAUCAAGCCAACUUUAAGGCAGGAGGUGGCGGUGGUGCAGGCGCCGCCGCUGGAAAAGGACAGCAGCAGACGACUGGCGGAAAAGGACGUGUUUUGGCCACAAUGGCCAGCGAUGACAGUGAUGAGGACGAUGACGAGCAACAAAUAACACUUACCCCUCUGCGCCCACGCGCUAGCGGACGCGCUCUCAGCAGUGGCGCCAAUGCCGCCAGCAGUGCCAAGGGACGCGACUACGAUUUAAGUGAGAUACGCUCUGAGCUGAAAGGUUUUCAGCAUCAGCUCACUAACAGCCUAGGAGGGUCAGAAGAGCGCAAAGAAGGCGGCACUACAAGUGGAACAGCUACAAAAAGCGAGCGCGGUGCCAGUGCAGCCACCAGCGAAGUCGUCGAUAUUAAAAAAGAGACAAAAUCCAUAAAGCUAGAAUCGGGAAAAAGCAGCUCAACGGAACUUUCUUCAGAGACGGACUCGUACAAUGAUGAGGACUCACAAUCUUCCGAAAAGGUGCGCAUAGAGUUGGAAUAUAGAAAGCAACAGACAACCGAGAAGAAACAACGAGGCGAAAAGACACGCGGUGGGGAGAGACAGCAGCUGUCCAAACAACAACAACAACAGGCGAUGACCAAGUCCAGCAAACCUUGCAUUGUGGACCAGAUAUCAAAUGAGCUGCACACUUCAGAGAAGCGACAGGAGCCUGGCCUGAAGCAACUUAAAGGCUCGGCGAUGCCAAGCAUUAAGGAGGAAAUCAAAAACGAACCAGACAAAGGCAGUCGUUCCGUUAUCACAACCACCGCAGGUGGUGGCGAGGACCAAAAGAAGCCGUUAAAAACGGAAAUCAAGGAGGAAGAACAGCUUAAACCGUUCCACAGUAGUGCUGAUAUUAAGCCAACCACAUUAAUUGCUCCAGCGCGCUUUGGUGGCAUUACGAGUACCAGUAGCACCACCACCACAAGUGCCACCGCUAGCACAUCCAGUAUCAGCAAAUAUACGUCCGUAAUUGUAGAGAAACCAAUCGGCGUUACCUCAAAAAAGAACGAAUCAAAGCCUUUGCUGGCAAAGCAUCUGGAGUUGAAAAAACAAGCAGCAGCUGGUGUUGCUGGAGCCACCAGUACUGGAGCCACUGGAAGCAGCAGUCAAGAAUCUGGAAAGAAGUUUGUGGAACCUGUGCUGCACAAAGAAACGGCCACACUGAAGGUGGAGCUGCCAGCGGCAUGUUCGCCCUCAUCCAGCUCCUCCUCAUCAUCCUCCUUCUGUUCCAAUGCAUCGGCGGGCACAACUGUGUCCGCUUCCAGCGUCUCCAACAGCUCGGCCACGCGCUCUCUUCCCGACAUGAGCAAACUGGAAAUAAGCAGUGGUACUGCUGCUGGUUCUAUUGUCAAUCCAAUCUCAAUCACUCAUCCAUCAACAGUCCCCGUCACAGCCUCCAGGGAGCAAAAGUUUCCCUGCAGCGGCCUGAUCCCAAUAGUCAGUCGUGCCCAGAUGCUUUCAUCCGAUGUUUAUGAGUUCAAGGAUACGGAGCCAUUUGAAUUCGAGAAGCGCAUCUCUCCCAUGGCCUCGGUGACCUCUACACUAGGCGGUGGUACUUCUGUCAUCACAGCUACCACUGUGACGGCCAGCAGUGCACCAACAAUACUCACGGUUACUGCGGCAGCCAGAAAGCAGGCGCUCAAGUUCACCGCAAUGCAACAAAGCAUAGAGCAUCUCCAACUGCCACAUACGCCACACGAGCGGGGCUACCAUGCACAAAGUGGUGCCAGCACCACCACCGGUACCGUUGGCAAGAGCAAAAAACGCGGUUCACCCAUGAAAGAAGCAACGCUGAUAGCGGAAAAGAGCAAGUUUUACAAGACCGAUGAAAAGACACAGCCAGUCUGUGCUCAGAUUGGCGCACAGUCUGGAACCUCCGUCUCAACCGCCGGUGGCAUUAAUCCAUUGCAUACGUCGAAGCAUGCACCUCUGGUUAUGCUUGCUGCUCAUCCUCUGGGGGCACAGCAAAAAGUCAUCACAGCAACGGGAGUGGGGACGAUUUCUUCAGCAUCGUCCCCGGCAACUGGACCCUUGCCGCCAACAGCGCCAGCCGCACAUGCUGUUUCUCAUCCUCAUGUGCACGCACAUCUUACGACCAGCCCUGGAGGCACCUCCAACACAUCGUUAUGGAAUAAGCCCAACGAGUUGAGCAGUGCAGUGGGAAUGGGAUCCGCCCUCAUCUACCCAACGCCCUUCGAUGUUCUUCGAAAGUCCCCUAGCUUCAAUUUGAACAUGACCGCCCUGAAUGAGGAGCUCGCCCAAACAGUUCAGGAAACAACACGCGCUCUCACCGAUGCCCUACAGCCGCCAACAACGCCGGCUGUGUCGAUGCCAUCGGCAGCAAUUGUCGGGAAACCCGUUCCUGAAACAAUCAGCAGCAAAGCAUCGCUUCCAGAGUCACCAACGACCCACACACCUCUGGCAUCGAUGCAACAGACACCGCAAGCUGUAGCCAGCAGCUCGGUGGCCAUAUCACCUAAGCUGAGUACCCCGCCACAUGCCAGUACAAGCAGUGUCAGUGGAGGCGCUCAAGGACCGCCCAAGCCUCCGCAAAUUGUUGGCAGUCCCUUCAUUGAGACGCGUAACGUCUUUGAGCUAAGCACAUCCAACGAGGGCUCUGGGUAUAGCUCUGGUGAGUCCAAGGAUAAUAAGCUAGAGAAGCUUGAGAAUGUGAAAAUACUUCUAGCCGGCACUGCCGGACCCUUCGAUCUGGAUGCCGUUAAAUACGAACAGAAGCUCAGCUCCAUUUCCAUAGCAGAUAAAGUGCUGAAGGCCAUUAGCCAGAAGAAGGAGGAGGUGGAGAACAAUAAAACGAAGCCGCACGAUUCCACACCCAAAGCUGGACCAAGCACAACAAAUGAGGUAGAAGAGGAGCGUAAAGUGGAGCCAGUCCAAGAUGAAACCAGCUCCAAAAUGGAUUUACUUGUGCCGGUGUCCUCCGCUGCCAUCCUACGUGAAAACAAACCGAUCUGUGAGCCUCUCAAGAUUCUCACCGGUCCCAUCACUAUGCUGGGAGAUAUGUACCGCCCCGACCUGAGUGGGUUAGUCGCUCAGAGUAGUCCGGAAACCAAAUCCCUACUGGAAUCAAUGCCGGCCAAGAACAGCGAACUAAGCGAGACCAUUCAGAAGCUGGAGUGCGCCAUUCAGCGCAAGACACCCGUAGGCGGUCUCUCCUUGGCCUCCUCCACGGCAGGCACGCCACCAGCGCACACGCCCAACUCCACGGCCACUGUGGGAGCUGGAUAUUCGGACGAGUCCAUGGACAGCACUGACUCGGAGCAGAGGCUGGUGAUUGAAGAUGUGGUCGUCAAUGAGGAGCACACCACGCAGGGCGAGCAAAAGAGUCCUCUAUCAGAGACAUCGGGCAGUUUGGGUGCUCCCGUCAAACUUGAGGGUAGCAGCAAACAACUUUUAGCCACAGCGGUAUUGUCAGGCAUGGCCGGUCUUCAGGCCCCCAUUGCUCUGAAGCCGGGCGCUGUAGUGGGCGCAGGACUCGUUUCUACACGCAAUCCAACUACGCCCAAUAUCUCGCCCAGUUUCGCGGGCAAAUUGACUUCAACUGGACUGGUUAGCCAGGCAGUUCCACCCCUGACCAAGCUGGAGUCCACCAAGGAGGAGCACACGUCCAGCGCCCACAACAGCAACAGUAGCAGCAGCAACUUCGACACUGUCGUACACAAGCUGGCGCCAAAGCAAUCGACGAUUGUGGCACCAUCAGUGGCCUCAGCUGCUGCGGAUGGAGUGGUGCCUAUUGUUGUGCCCGAGAUUCCGGUCUCUGUAGUGAUGGCCCAAAGCGGUGUACCCCACAUUAUGGCUGCUACCUUAUUGCACAGUCCUGGCUCCAUGUCCAACAGCUCCACGACUCAUGCCAUUAUGGGUCAAGCCAGCCCCUCAGCUUCAUCCUCUUCGACAGCAGCCGCCAAGUUUCAGAUGUCGCCGAAGUCUGCUGACAGCAAACUUAUUAUGACAGAUGGCAGCAAUCUAAUGCUGCAGGCACCGCCAUCGGGCCUCUAUAGGCCACUCAUGCCCAUCCCACCGUUGUCCAGCGCCAACACCAACAUCGCCCCAACGACAUCCUUGCCCACAGCCACGUCUGUGCCCUCAUAUGUCCUAGAGGCACACCAUCACAACAUAAUCUAUGGCAGCGAAAGCAUUAGAGUAACAGUGCCCGAAGUAACCGCUUCUGGAGGGACAGCGCUACUAAUGUCCCGCCCAUUCAUGCUGCAUGGCAAGCCCCUAAUAACAGCGCCAACAACAACACCCACAACAGUAGCAGUAGCAGCAGCUGUUUCUCCCGCACCGGCAAACAUUUCCGCCGUUAGCCCUCCAGCAUCAGCAGCAUCGCCAUUACCAACCACCGAGCCACACAACGAGUCCAUUAAUCUGCUCUGUGAGGAGACCAUUCCAGGUAGCCCGGCGCCCACCUACAGCAGCAAGGAUGAGCAGCCGCCACAGACGAUGGCGUCCACAUCACUAACAACAUCAGCGACAUCCGUAAUACCCAUGUCGGGCAUCACGCCGCUACCGCCCGACACGCCUCCGCCGAAGUCAGCGCUGGGCGCUGUUGCAGGUGCGAGUGGCGUCGGUGCCACCUCGGGUCAAACAACUGUGUGCUCGGCCAACAACAGCUCUCCCGACUCAGCCAGCCAGGACGACAGCAGCGAGGAGACUGCGGUCAGCAAUGCGGCCAAGAAAAUGCUGCCUGAUCACGAUUUGAUCAGCGGCAUGCCGAGCAGCAACAAACGCAAGCGGACCCGCAAACAGGUCGAGCUCCUUGCGCUGGCCGCGGCAUCCGCCACAGAGCUGCAGCCCGUGCCAGGCAAGCGACGGCGACAGAUUAACAGUCUGCGCAAGGCGACAACCACAGCGACAACGACAGCGGCCGGUUCCGACACAGAUGACAAUUCGGAUAAUCUUGUGACGACUGCCGCACAGCGCCAGAGCGCACGCCAACAACUUCUGCCACAGGCGCAGGCGCAACAGCAGCAGCAACAACAACAGCAACAGCAACAACAGUCUCUGGGAAAUGCGAAUGGCGUUCGGCCAUGCCCCUACAAUUUCCUAGUCGAAUUGGAUCCCUCUCUGAGCUCGGAUCAAUGUAUUACCAUUUUGCGCAAACAGAUUCAGGAUCUACGCAAGGCCUACAACACGAUCAAAGGCGAGCUAGCCAUCAUUGAUCGGCGGCGCAAGAAGCUACGACGUCGCGAACGAGAAAAGAAACAACAACAAAUACAAAGCCAACAGCAGGGAAAGAUCUGCGCUUAGUUAGAUAGGAAGAGAGAGCGAGGGAGAGAGAAUGAAAGAAAGUAAACAGCGACAGAGUUACCGCCAUGGCCAAGCAUCUCAAAAAAAAUUGUUGUGGAUAUAUUAUAUAGUACACAUAUUUAUGUUUCCACAUUAAUAUAAUGGAUUGCAAAUAUUUUACACCUUUUAUAUAGAAGCUAUAUAUUUCAAAAUUUAAUCGCGUUUGUGUCGUCAUUAAUGUAGUUUAUUGUUUAAGCAAAAAAUUAUCUAUUACAGCUUUUUUUAAAGCGAUUUAAGCUAAGCAUAUUGUAAAAAUUUAUUGAAAUAAAAUUUAUGCAAUUAGA